CAUCAUCCAUAUUCACUUCCUUGUAGGAAACGACAUUUGUUAGUCCACGCCGUUUCGUUAUUUUGCCGUGUGAAUGAGAGGCGACUAACAGGCGAGAGCUAGCCAUGUCCGGUUCGUCACCGUCGUCUGUUUCGGCAGGACACUCGGCCUUUUACCCGGCCGGCUACCAGGCUCCAGAAACUCGUGGCCUGGACCGCAAUUUUCGGCUCACGGCCUUUUCCGAUAUGAAAGGAUGAGGGUGCAAAGUCCCGCAGGAGACACUGCUCAAACUCCUGCAGGGACUGGAGCCCGAGGUUCAGCCGGAACAGGACGGAAUGGGGACAGGAGCCGGGGACGAGGCCUCGGAGUUCGGUCAGCUAGCUCCGGUCUCACAUGGUCCCCGGUUAGGCAUUGGGAUGGAUUCUUGUGUCAUUCCCUUGAGGCAUGGAGGUUUGUCCCUGAUCCAGACUACAGAUUUCUUCUAUCCGUUAGUUGAAGAUCCUUAUAUGAUGGGUCGUAUAGCUUGUGCAAAUGUGUUGAGCGAUCUGUACGCCAUGGGAAUUACUGAUUGUGACAACAUGCUGAUGCUAUUGAGUGUCAGUCAGCGGAUGAGCGAGAAGGAGAGAGAGCAGGUGAUGCCCUUAUUGAUGAAGGGUUUCCGUGAUGCAGCUGAAGAGGGCGGGACUUCCGUGACAGGCGGACAGACAGUUGUGAACCCUUGGAUCAUCAUAGGGGGUGUGGCCACAGUAGUGUGCCAGCCUACUGACUUCAUUAUGCCAGAUGGUGCAGUACCAGGUGACGUUCUCGUUCUGACAAAACCUCUUGGAACCCAAGUAGCCGUCAACGCUCAUCAGUGGCUGAAUAUACCUGAAAAAUGGAACAAGAUCAAGUUGGUGAUCUCAAAGGAGGAGGUGGAGCAUGCAUAUCAAGAGGCCAUGCUCAACAUGGCUACCCUUAACCGCACUGCUGCUGCUCUGAUGCACAAGUUCAAUGCACAUGCUGCCACGGACAUCACCGGCUUCGGGAUCAUUGGGCAUGCACGGAACCUGGCCAAGCAGCAGUGCAACGAAGUGGCCUUUGUUAUCCACAACCUGCCAAUCCUUGCUAAGAUGGCUGCUGUCAGCAAAGCCGGGGGGAACCUCUUCGGCCUUCUGCACGGCACCUCCUCCGAGACUUCAGGUGGUUUGCUGAUCUGUCUUCCGCGGGAGCAGGCAGCACGUUUCUGUGCCGAGAUGAAAGCGAGCCGGACGAGCUCUGUGGGCGAUGGACAGCAGGCCUGGAUAAUUGGAAUCGUGGAGAAGGGUAGCCGCUGUGCACGCAUCAUCGACAAGCCCCGCAUCAUUGAGGUGCCCUAUCGUGGUCUCGCAGCAGGAAACGCACAGGAGGGUGCAAACACGGUCACCACUCCUACCAACACCAACAGCAGCCCCGCUGAAGUUCAGCCCAGCCUGGCACAGUGACACAGCCUCUAACACAAGAGUGUAAUAGGAAUGUUCAUUGUACAUAUUUGUGCUUCAUACAUUCUCUCUCUCUCUCUCUCUCUCUCUCUCUCUCUCUCUCUCUCUCUCUCUCUCUCUCUCUCUCUCUCUCUCUCUCUCUCUCGUCGUGUGAGUCUUGAAGGGUGUGUACUUUUGAAAUGUGUGGUAUGUAGUUCCUGCUGGUAAGACUGGAAGUGUGUGUGAGCGAAUGCAUGCAUGUAGUGAGAUCGAGUGUGAUAGUGUGUGUGAGUCCGAGGGAAUAUGAGCGAAGGGAUUUAUGCAUUCACUCCGCUUUUCAUUUCAUCUCCCUGUUCAGCCGAUGGGUUGAGAGCAACAGACCAAAAAUUUUCUUUUUACCUGGUGGGAGGUGGAAUGGAUUGCUUGUCUUUUUUAUUAUUUUCUUUCUUUUUCAUCCACCUUACUCGGUCAGUCAAGUGAUAGAAAAGCUCUUGUUACUUAGGAUCAUGUUUAUUAAGUCUUGUAAAUGCCCCCUCCCCUUUCAGCCCUUGGGUAUAUUUUUGCUGAAAAGAAUCUUCACUCAGCAUAGCAGUUCAAGUGUUAUAGUUAAAGAGCUGGCAUAAGUCACAAAACUCAAACUGAUAGCUUUGUUGGAAGCACUAACAUUUUUCAGUUUUCACUGAAUCACAUUUCUGAACAAUUCCAGAUUCUUUCGAUCAAAUGCAUGCUUUUUUUUUUCUCUCUCUCUCUCUGUAUUUUUUUAAAAAAAUGACAAUCAAAGUUAAUUAAAUCCAGUAGAAAACAUUCAGCAAACCUUGGCGAAUUCAAAUACAAUCAAAUGAUAGAUGAAAAUGAUAUUUAAUAUGGGCAUAUUUAAUUUAUUUGAUAUUUAAUUAUGUAAUUUGUUUUUGCAUCUUCAUAGAUUCGAAUUCAAUCAAUGAAAUUAGGGAAGGUUAAUUAACUGAUUAUUCUGGUGCUGUUGUUUUUAGUUCUGAUCAGCUUGACUUUCUCAUAUGGUUGCUUAGCUAUCUGAGAUGGUUGAAUGACUUGUUAGAUGUUUACAUUCUUUAAAGUCUCUGGAAUGUGUGCAUUAGAAUUAAUUUGUGAAACAUUUUGCCUUUGAUCAUGUGCUAUGUGUGUCUGUACUGAGGUUAGCAUUGGGGUCUUAUGUAUUUAGGCUGCAGUAGCUUUUGGGAGACCUAUUUUUGUGAUUAGAAUUAUGGCAAGCCUGUUUUCCUUUUAAUGCUGAGGUGUAUGUCACUCUUCUCUCUCUCUCUCUCUCUCUCUCCCUCCCUCCCUCCCUCCCUGUGCUAGUGUUAAUUUUAGUGGGUAAAUGGAUGUCUGACUCCUCCCUGUGUAUCAAAGAGAGGAUUGAGCAGCUCUCUUUGAUUCUGUGGGUGAGACUGGAAUCCUAGAGGCAUCAGCUGAAUGGCUGCAGUGGAUUAGAAGCACUCACCCUUCCUUAUCAUGAUGCGUUUCCCAUUAAACCCCAGCCAAUGGGGGUGGGAGAAGUUGAUGUUACUUGUAAGGAUGGGUGGGAACUGGUCUGUUUGGUCUAUUCAGCUGACUCGGGCUUUGUCCAGAUUUACUUGUCAUCUUAAGACAAUAAAACAGAUAAAGUGAUUUGUGUAAA